ACCUUAAAUAAUAUGGCGCAUAAAUAGAAUGGCAUCAUUGAAUGAUUGUCAAAAUUUGAGUGAACCGAAUAAAAAGAACAUGGAAAAUAAUUUAUUUAAUGAUGUUAAUAAUCAUUUUGUAAACCAUGAAGAAAACUUUAAAAUUAAAGAAGAAUUACAUAGUGAUCUUAUUAUUAAAAAUGAAAUAUUUGAUAAAAGUGAUUCAAUGGAACAUGUAUCAAUUAAAGAAGAAAAUAAUACAGCGGAGAAUCGUGCAACAAUUAAAAUGGAAAUACAAGAGGAAGAUAUUACAACAAAACAGGAACGAAUUGAUUUAAAUGAAGAGUUUUUCCUGGAUAAACAUAAACAAAUUAAACUUGAACAUCAAUUAAAUACAGAAGCUAUAAUAAAGUCUGAAAUAUUUGAUGAACAAGAUUUAGAACAUCAAUCAAUUCAAAAUGAAGACAAGAAUAUUUCAUGUGACGUUUGUGAUGAAAAAUUUACUAAUCAAAGCAGUUUAAGUUUACAUAAACGAAUUCAUAGUGGGAAAAAACGUUUUUCUUGUGAAGUUUGUGAGAAAUCAUUUUCUAUACGAACCAAUUUAGAAACACAUAAACGGACACAUACUGGAGAAAAACCUUUUGCUUGUGAAGUUUGUGAUAAAUCUUUUACUCAGCGAAGCAGUUUGGAAAUCCAUAAACGGACUCAUACUGGAGAAAAACCAUUUUCUUGUGAAGUUUGUGCUAAAUCAUUUUCUACGCGAACCAUUUUGAAAACACAUAAACGAACUCAUACUGGUGAAAAACCAUUUUCCUGUCAAAUUUGUGAUAAAUCAUUUACUCAUCAAAACGGUUUAGAUUACCAUAAACGGGCUCAUACUAGAGGAAAACCAUUUUCCUGUCAAAUUUGUGAUAAAUCAUUUAGUCAUCAAAACGGUUUAAAUUAUCAUAAACGGGCUCACAUUGGAGAAAAACCGGUAAAACAUUUUUCUGGCGAAGUUUGUGAUGAAUCAUUUACUCAGCGAAGCAGUUUAGAAACACAGCAAUAUAAUCAUAUUAAAGAGAAAUCUUUUUCUUGUGAGGUUUGUGAUAAAUCAUUUUCUCAGCGAAGCGGUUUGGAAACACAUAAAUAUACUCAUAGUAAAGAAAAACCUUUUUCUUGUGAAGUUUGUGAUAAAUCUUUUUCUCAGCGAACCAAUUUAGAAAUACAUAAGAGGACUCAUACUGGAGAAAAACCUUUUUCCUGUCAAAUUUGUGAUAAAUCAUUUACUCAUCAAAACGGUUUAGAUUAUCAUAAAAGGGCUCAUACUGGAGAAAAACGGUUUUCUUGCGAAUUUUGUGAUAAAUCAUUUUAUACGCGAACCAUGUUAAAAAGACAUACACGGACUCAUACUGGAGACAAACCUUUUUCUUGUGACGUUUGUGAUAAAUCAUUUUCUCAGCAAAGCAGUUUAGAAACACAUAAAUAUACUCAUACUAAAGAAAAACCAUUUUCUUGUGAAGUUUGUGAUAAAUCAUUUACUCGCCGAAUCAGAUUAGAAACACAUAAACGAGUUCAUACUGGAGAAAUACCUUUUUCUUGUGAAUUUUGUUAUAAAUCAUUUUUCUAUCGACACAAUUUAGAAACACAUAAACGGACUCAUACCGGAGAAAAACCAUUUUCAUGUGAAACUUGUGAUAAAUCAUUUACUCAGAGAAACAGUUUAGAAGCACAUAAACGAACUCAUACUGGAGAAAAACCUUUUUAUUGUAACAUUUGUGAUAAAUCAUUUACUCAGCAAAGCGGUUUAGAUACACAUAAAUGUACUUUUAAUUUUUGAGAAAAAGACAGCAUAAUUAAAGAUGUACCGAACAUGAAAUCUGAGAUUUAGAUAAAUAAUUAA